AUGAGGAAGGCACCUUUGAAAGCAUCUAAGAGUUCUAUCAACGACGUGAAGAUCUCCAAGAAAUAUGAUGACUCUGAUGCAUUGUCCACCAUUGUCAGAAGUGUUUCUCUGAAUACAGGCCCUAGUAAACAAAGAACAGUAGCUGAGGACAUACUUCGUUAUGGACAUGUUAAAGUUGCAGCAGAGGUAUUCACAUUUCGCGAACUCGCAGCUGCAACGGACAAUUUCAAUUCUGAACUACUGGUGGGAGAAGGAGGAUUUGGAAGGGUCUAUAUGGGACGCCUCAAGAAAACCGAUCAAGUUGUUGCAGUCAAGCAACUUGACAGGAAUGGAUUUCAAGGAAAUAGGGAGUUUCUAGCAGAAGUUCUGACACUAAGCCUUGUUCACCACCCAAACCUCGUAAAUCUCAUAGGGUAUUGUGCUGAUGGCCGCCAAAGAAUUUUGGUCUACGAGUACAUGCGUAAUGGAUCACUAGAAGAUCACCUCUUUGAUAUUCCUCCACAUAAGAAGCCUCUAGAUUGGUUUACUCGGAUGAAAAUAGCUAAAGGUGCAGCACAAGGACUCGAGUACUUGCACGACACAGCCAACCCACAAAUCAUCUAUCGCGAUCUAAAAGCAUCUAACAUCUUAUUAGAUGAUGAGUUUAAUCCUAAGCUCUCUGAUUUUGGACUUGCUAAGUUAGGUCCAACAGGAGACAAAGAUCAUGUCUCCACCAGGGUAAUGGGGACCUAUGGCUACUGUGCUCCAGAGUAUGCAAUGACAGGCCAACUGACGACGAAAUCUGACAUCUAUAGUUUUGGGGUGGUCUUGUUGGAGAUCAUCACAGGAAGGAGAGCUAUCGAUAAUACAAGGCCUACAGCAGAGCAGAACCUGAUUUCUUGGGCAAAACCUUAUUUUAAAGAUAGAAGACAAUUUACAUUCCUGGCUGACCCUUUGCUGGAAGGGGAUUACCCUGUAAAGUGUCUUCAUCAAGCUGUUGCUGUUGCGGCUAUGUGCCUCCAAGAUGAAGCUAGCACCAGGCCUUUCAUUGGCGAUGUUGUUACUGCUCUCGAGUAUCUAGCCAUGAGCACAGAUGAAAGCUUCAGCGACGAAGAAGAAGCGAUAGAUUUUCAGUAGACAUAGAAAAUCAUUUGCUGACACUCAUAGAGUCAGAAAAUUAAAUGAGGCCAUAGACAUUCCUAUCCCAUUGAGAAGGUAUCCUUAUAUGAGAAGGUAUCCUUAAUUGACCUAUCCCAUUUUGCAUUUGACAGGAAGAAAAAAGGAAAAAGAGAGAAACAGGAAGAAGAAAAAUGGUAAUUGACGACUUUUGGGAAGUCACAAGUUGUAUAGUACCCUCAAAGGAGGGGGUUAAGAGUGUUUCUAGCCAUUGAGAGACAAAGUAUUAAACAGUUCCCUGUUAUGAAGUCUGUAGGUUAUCAUCUUAUCUGUCAAAAGAUUAGCUAAUGGUUGCUCUAUUUGCAUUGAUGCUUCAGUAUCCUCAUUAGAUAUAAGCACAUGUAC